GAUACCUCGUGUCCACCUUUUUCCUUCCUACUGCCUCCAAUUCAUUGCUUUCCGUUUGCCUCUUCUUUUCUUCUCUCUUCCUUAGGUUACUGCUCUCAAACCCGGCUCGGCUUGACCCACGGAGCAGCUUCAAUCUCUUACAUUUAUCCAUCACGUCCCUUUCUGAUCUGGCUCUUCUUCAUCUUUAAUUUAGAUCAAUUUUUUCUGCCCCUUCAUCGACUCUGUUAUACAUUACUGUCUGCAGCAGCCGGCCUUUCAGAGGAAGGCUGUCGUGCUCUUUUCGGCUUUGACAUUUUCUGGAUUUGUGUAAUCAGAUUUCAUAAGAAUGGGCCAUCGUCGUGUUUCAGAUGCGGAACGUAAAUAAAUUCUACGAGCUUUCUUCAAGAGCUGUUUAGUAGAUUUCAUCGGCAAGGUCCUUUUCACUAUGGGUAAAGGCAGAGGAAAAGGGAAGAAGCAAUCGGUUAUUGCUAAACGGGAAGAAUAUGGAAAUGAAAAGGACAAAGGUUCUGCUUACAGGCGAAGUGGAAUACAACAAAAGUCACUGAAGGAUGAAAUUGAAGAACCAGAAGAAGUGUCAGGAAACAUAGAAGACGGGGAGAACGUGGAAGUUAAAAAUUCAAGCACUGAGAAUAAGAGAAAAAGGAAAAGGUCUGUACUAGUUAAAGAAAAGAUAGAUCCUGUGAAAGAGGAGAAUCCCAUCAGAGCGAAACGAAAUCCUGAUGAUUCAAAAAAGCCCGUCGGAUUCCGGCAAAAUGGAAGCAGGCGGAAAAACAAGCCUCGCCGGGCAGCUGAAGCUGGUGUAAAUUGCAACUGCAAAGCGAGAUUUUUGUCUGAUUGUCACGAUAGUAUUAAGUUGCGAACGGCGUCUGAGUGUACUAUACUGCCAUGGCCCAGCGUCAGUUCACUGCUUUUCCCUGCCCUCCUUCCACCAUCUCCUUUAUCUUCUUCCACGUUGCUUUCCCACUACCACUCGUUUGAUCUCCCGCCCCUCCCUUCCCCCGUCUGCCCUUCUCCUCCAUCAAUAUACACGCACUUCGCAUUUCGUUCCCCCCUUCUCCCUCCCCAUAUUCUUCAGUGA